CCGUACAAUACGCUCAUCUUUACCGACGUCCGGCCAGCCCGAUUAAACCCGCCAGCGUCCUGCCAGAAAAAGCCAGCGUGGGGAGAGCAACCAUGCUUCCUUCCUUUUCCGUACUUGUCCGCUCCGCCUCCGAACUUCCGGCUCCACCGCAGACAUGGCCGGCGCCGUCCCACCGCCGCCGGAGAGGAUGACACGGCAUGGGAGCGCGCCAUCAACGCGUCCGUGAAGAACGCGCCCAACUUCCACUUCUCCGCGCCCAAGACCCUAACUCUCGACGGCGCCGUCAAGUCCUCCACGGGCCGCCUGCCCUCGCCGGCGCUCUUCGACCGCUUCCCGUCCCUGGAGGAGCUCUCGGUGGCCGGCGCCCGCCUCUCCUCGCUCGCGGGCCUGCCCCGCCUCCCGGCCCUCCGCUGCCUCCUGGCCCCGACAACCGCCUCUCGGGCGCCGAAUCCCUCGCCGCCGUCGCGGGGUCCUGCGGCGGCACCAUCCGCCACCUCGACCUCGGCAACAACCACUUCGCGCACGUCAAGGAGCCAGCCGGAAGCGUGUCGCCCGUCGAAGGUGACCGGGGCGAGGGAGAGCGGAGAAGUCUCGAUCUCGAAGACCUUAUCCUGUCGAGGCGGCGUGGCGGUGGUAGCGAACUCAUAGCGGAAGCCCAUCGUGUUUUCCCCUAAUCGUGGGUGUUCGCUUAGAGGUUUUAAUUGGGCUGGGCUGGCGGCGCCGUGGACGGCCCGUGACCACCUACAG